GAUGGCAGUGGUACCGCCAGGUUAAGAUUGAGGAGGAAAAGAUAAAGAAAAAGUUGUUGCCCACUGAAUUUUCAAAUGUUACAUGUUUCUUCAAAGACUGUUGAUGUGCAGAUAGUCUAUGGGGGCACCAGCUACUAAAUGGGACGUGGACGGGCAUGGUGGGUAUGUUUGAGAGAGGUGAUGGCGAUCUAGGCAUUGCUAACCUGUUCAUCUCAGAUUUAGGAGGACGAAACCAGCACCAACAAUACACGGCACCCUUCGGACAGGAGAUUAUGUGCUUUAUGAUUAAGAAAGGAACUAGCACUCCUCGGUGGCAAUCCCUUGCCCUCCCCUUCGGGAGAGACGUAUGGAUUGCCGUGAUGUUGAUGGCUCUCCUCUUGGGCCCAAUCUUCUUCGCUUUGUCUCGGCCUCGCGUUACCAGAGACGAGAAGCUCAGCCGACAGUCCAUGGCAUUUAUCUACCUUUAUACCUUUGGGGUUCAUCUGAAGGUCGCCCAAACACAGCUUCCAGUUUCCCUCAGUCUCCAGAUUUUUGUGGCUUUUCUUUGGGUGUAUGUGAUAAUUGUGUUGGAAGCGUACAGUGCAAAAUUGGUCUCCUUUCUCACUGUGGAAAGAAUUCCAGAGGACAUCAACACGAUUGAAGAACUCUAUCAUGCUUCUAUUCCCAUCUACGGCAACACUCGUUGGUAUUAUGAUAGUUUCGCACUCGCAAAAAAUGAAUAUAUAAAAAAACUGACUGAACGGUACAGCAUAUUGCGAGAGUUUGAGGAUUCCUAUAAGCAUCUCAUGACUGGGCAGGCCGCAUACAUUGCCUCGGCAAACAAUCUCAUGUACACGAUAUCUUUGUAUGCCAAGAAUGGUAAUCCCACCCUAAGGCUGCUGAAGGAGUGCUUCCAGCCGUACAACACUGCACUGGGUGUGCAGAGUCACUCUCCGCUCAAGAGGAACAUGGACCAAGCCGUGAACUGGGUUCGAGAGGCCGGUUUGCCCUACCAGUGGAGGCGUGAGACGCUGAUGAUUGUUAGACAGGAGAAGAGGACAACAACCAAUGAUUCUACGGACGAUCCUGAAUCUGAGGGCGAAAAACGUGUGUCAUUCAGCCUAGAACACUUGGAAGGCGUAUUCAUCAUGUAUGGCGUCGGUUGUGGCCUGUCGCUGUUUGUAUUCACUUGUGAACUGCCAUUUACUAGGGUUCCAUGAGGUGUGGGCCGUGCACCCACACUUUCCCUCCUUGUAUAUGUGACAAUCAGUCCAGGGCACGACGUUUCCAGCAUAAUGACCGACUACCAACAAACUACACUA